UAACUCUUCUACGUCUCUCUCUUUGCAAUUACUCUUUGAGAGCAUCUCUCUCUAGAAUAUCAAGUAUUGUUGACUUGAGUGUUGGAGUGUUCUCCCCAAGGAAACAUCCUCAGGAAUUUCAGGUGUGGAAGCAACUGAAGACCUCAAUAGUGUUGAAUCAUGAAGCUGCCCAAACAAAAAUAAUACAAGGCUUAUGAUUUGAAAAAUAAAAAAUUUUCCUUCAAAGAGAAUUAUCUAUUCAAUGCUCUCACAUGCAACCCACUACCUAAGCACCCCACCACCCCCUCGUCUCUCCAUUCCAAACCAAAACACAACAACAUCAAGUCUUUUCUUACAGAUUUCUCUCAAGCAUUUCCUCAAACAGUUUCCUCAUAGACUCCCUUUCUGAUUAAUUUCUCUCAAGCAUUUCAUCGAACAAUUCUUUCCUGCAUUGAUAUAUUGAUUACAAAAAUGGAGACCCUUUUCCGUUUUGUUGAUCACGAUCAGAAUUUCCUACAGCGCAGAUGCGUACUUGUUAAUGGCCCGGCGAUCGUUGGAGCUGGACCGUCAGGUCUGGCCACCGCUGCUUGUCUCAGGGAACAAGGAGUGCCCUUUGUUAUCCUUGAAAGGUCCGAAUGCAUAGCAUCGUUGUGGCAGAAACGUACCUAUGACAGGCUAAAGCUUCACCUCCCCAGGCAAUUCUGCCAACUCCCCAAGCUACCCUUCCCAGAGGACUUCCCGGAGUACCCAACCAAGAAACAGUUCAUCGAAUAUGAUGAGACCAGUGGGUUCUGGAGGGUCAAGACUGUCUCCAACGGCGGCUCUACCAAGAUCGAGUUCGAAUACAUUUGCCGCGGGGAGCUUUUACAUGCCUGUAACUACAAGUCCGGUGAGAAGUUCAGGGGAAAGAAAGUCCUGGUCGUUGGCUGCGGUAAUUCUGGCAUGGAAGUCUCUCUAGAUCUUUGCAACCACAAUGCUGAGCCAUCAAUGGUGGUUCGCAGCUCGGUUCAUGUACUUCCCAGAGAAAUCCUCGGAAAAUCAACUUUCGAAUUGGCCUUUUUGCUGAUGAGAUGGCUACCUCUUUGGCUCGUUGACAAGCUUCUUCUGUUCCUGGCAUGGUUGGUGCUUGGAAACAUCGAGAAAUUCGGGCUAAAAAGGCCAUCAAUUGGUCCCCUGGAGCUCAAGAACACACUGGGAAAAACCCCUGUUUUGGACAUUGGUGCUCUGGAGAAAAUCAGAUCCGGUGACAUCAACGUUGUUUCCGGAGUUAAACGAUUCUACCCUGGCCAAGUCGAGUUUGUCAACGGUAAAAUUCUUGACAUUGACGCUGUCGUUCUCGCCAGCGGAUACCGCAGCAAUGUCCCUUCUUGGCUUCAGGAAGGUGAAUUCUUUUCCAAGAAUGGAUUCCCAAAGACCCCAUUUCCCCAUGGCUGGAAAGGGAAUGCUGGACUCUAUGCAGUUGGGUUCACAAGGAGAGGGCUCUCUGGCGCAUCCUCAGACGCCAUGAGAAUUGCUCAGGACAUUGGUAAGGUCUGGAAACAAGAAACAAAAGCACUGAAAAAGAGAACGACCGCUUGCCACAGACGCUGCAUUUCACAACAGUUCUGAUCACCGGAAAAUUGACCAGACCGAAUUGAAAUUACAUAUCUGUCGUCUCAGUUAUCUGAUUCAUGGUGUAAAGGAUAAAGUAUACCGUACAACAUACACAACACAGUAAACAGAAAUACCAACA